AUGGCACCGCGACCUGGAGGCAAAGCCGAAGGCACUGGAGCUGGAGCUGGAGCUGGCGCAAUUGAGGUCGUCAGGUAGGUACAGGUACAGGUACCUGAAUGUUACAGUACUGCUGCGACCUCUCGUCUGCCCAUGCCAUGCUAUGCCUUGCCAUGCCUUUCUGCCCCAUUCUGCCUCUCUAUGGCUGCAGCUCCUCCUCCACCGUGGAGAGCUCCCUCUGCCUCUGGCCACCAGCUGGAGAGGGAGGCCGGCCUUGCUGACCAUCCCACGCCAUCUUGCAGCCAUGCCAAAUGCUGUGCAUCGCUGCGCAGAGCACAUGCGAUGCGCGGUGCGUUGGUGGACUCGCCGGAGGGAUGA